AUAUGGAGGAGCAAUAUAAUACGAACAAUGAAGAUUCUGAUACAGAUAAAGAUGAAGAAGAAGAUAAUACCAGUCUAAUUAAGAGGACUAGCUAUGACAUGGAUCUACCUGAUGCUAAUAACAUAGGAGGAACAGUUAUUUCUCAAGUUCAUCGGAAGAAAAAAGUGUACAAAACUAAAACUCCUAGAGGUCCUACGCGGAAUCUUUAUAUGGCUAGAAUGAGACCGGGUGAGAGGAAAAGGGUAGAUUUUAACAUAAAGGGCCAACCUGUCGGUGUGAAUAGAGCUAGCUUGGCAAACUAUUGUCGUGCCCUUGUCCGAGAUCCUCUAAAUGCACCCCUUUAUAAUGUGAAAGACUUUUCAGAAAUCCCCAAAACGAAUAAAGACAGAAUGUGGCAGCUUAUUCUGGAAAAAUUUGAUAUUGGUCUUGAUGAUGUUGAAGAUGAAGAGCAUCGUGAAAAGUUAGAAAAAGAGCGACACAAAACUCUGAUGCGAUCAUUGAAUAAGAAAUACAGAAAUUAUAGAGCAAGGUUGAAAAGUACUUAUUAUGACACAGAAGAAACAGAUGCUGAACGAUUAAAAAAAGAGAAUAAGCCACCUCGUGUUGAGGAAAAAGACUGGAAGUGGCUUGUCCAGUACUUUGGGUCUCCUGACUUUCAGAAAAUGAGUAAACGAAAUCGUGAUAACCGUUCAUACUUAGAUGCUGGACACACUGCUGGUUCAAAGAGUUUUGCUCAAGUGGUA